AUGGCCUCCAAGCAGCCUGCUCUGGAUUUCCUGUCCUUCGUCAACGCCUCCCCCACUCCCUUCCAUGCCGUCCAGUCUGCCAAGGAUCUUCUAGCCAAGGCCGGCUUUCAGGAAAUCAAGGAGAAAGAUUCCUGGGCCAACACCUGCCAGCCCGGUGGCAAGUACUAUCUGACCAGAAAUACCACCACCCUCGUGGCCUUUGCCAUUGGUAAGCAAUGGCAGCCGGGUAACUCCAUCGCCAUGAUCGGUGCUCACACCGACUCACCGGUGCUACGUGUGAAGCCCGUGAGCAAGAAGAGUGGUGAGGGUUAUAUUCAAGUCGGUGUCGAGACUUAUGGCGGCGGAAUUUGGCACAGCUGGUUCGACCGUGAUCUCGGUGUUGCUGGUCGAGUGAUGACCCGUGCAAAGGAUGGAUCCAUUGUGCAGAAGUUGGUCAAGGUCGAUCGUCCCAUUCUUCGCAUCCCCACGCUGGCUAUCCACUUGGACCGCCAGGACACCUUUGCUUUUAACAAGGAAACCCAAUUAUUCCCUAUCGCUGGUCUGGUGGCUGCCGAGCUCAACCGUACCAACUCUUCAAGCCCAUCCAAGUCGGACACUGUCAAUGUUGAUGACUUUUCGCCCCUAAAGGCCGUGACGGAGCGUCACCACUCCCACUUCGUGGAACUCGUCGCCGCCGAGGCCGAGUGCAAUCCAGAAGACAUCUUGGAUUUCGAACUGAUUCUAUUUGAUACACACAAGUCCUGCUUGGGUGGUAUGCUUGAGGAGUUCAUCUUCUCUCCCCGUCUGGACAACUUGAACAGCUCCUACUGCGCCACUGUGAGUCUGAUUGACUCUGUCGCUGAGGAGUCCGCGCUUGACAAUGAAUCUUCCAUUCGCCUUAUUGCCCUGUUCGACCACGAGGAAAUUGGCAGUCGCACUGCUCAAGGUGCAGACUCUAACGCCCUCCCUGCUAUCAUCCGUCGUCUGUCAGUCCUCCCAUCAUCGGCAUCGACCGAGACGGACCUCGCCACCGCCUACGAGCAGACCCUCUCUACCUCCUUCCUGGUGUCCGCCGAUAUGGCCCACGCCAUUAAUCCCAACUACUCUGCCAAAUACGAGCAGGACCACAAACCUGAGAUUAACAAGGGCCCCGUGAUCAAGAUCAACGCCAAUGCCCGCUAUGCCACUAACUCUCCUGGUAUUGUCCUGCUUCAGGAGGUUGCCCGUAAGGCUGCUUCUGAGAGCUGUGAGCCUAUUCCCCUGCAGUUGUUCGUUGUCCGCAACGACUCCAGCUGCGGUAGCACCAUCGGCCCGAUGCUCUCCGCUGCACUGGGCGCUCGCACUCUGGACCUGGGUAACCCGCAGCUGAGCAUGCACAGCAUCCGUGAGACUGGCGGUACCUAUGAUGUAGGAUACGCCAUCCGUCUUUUCACAGGAUUCUUCCAGCACUACUCGGAGCUGUCGAAGACUAUCUUCGUCGACUAA